AUGAAGCCGUUUCUGAUUCUCAUUAUUCUGCUCUUUGAAGUACCCACAGAUGCCGCACGACCCCAAAAAUGCUUUGGUAAUAUAGCAGGCUACUGCAGGAAGAAAUGCGGAGUGGGAGAAAUACAAGAACAAUCAUGUCUAAACAGGAAAGUUUGUUGUAUUAAUGAAGCUGAAAACAAAAAAUACCAGAGAGAGCAAGAGUUAAUUCUAUCUUCACUGCAGUCUGAUGAGAAGCUGGACUAUGCCAUUUUACCCACCAUCACAAUUUUCACAAUCCAACUAUAA